UGACAAAAUGGAAACCAGCAGGAGUGUGAGGAGACCUGAAAGUGGCACAUGGCAGAGUGUGGCGAUGGAGACAGCAGCAAUGGGAGGCCGUACAGGGACCCAUGACACACUGUGGACCCAGCAGCAACGUGACCAGGCGGUACGGGGGCCCAUGGCAGAUUUGGGGCCUGGCAGCACCUAUGGGAGGCCUGUAAUCUGCCAGCAACCUAUGACAAAAUGGAAACCAGCAGGAGUGUGAGGAGACCUGAAAGUGGCACAUGGCAGAGUGUGGCGAUGGAGACAGCAGCAAUGGGAGGCGGUACAGGGACCCAUGAGACACUGUGGACCUGGCAGCAGCGUGAGGAGGCGGUACAGGGGCCCAUGGCAGAUUAGGGGCCUGGCAGCAGCUAUGGGAGGCCCGUAAUCUGCCAGCACCCUAUGUCAAAAAAUUGAACACACCAGCAGUGUGAGGAGACCUGAAAGUGGCACAU